AUGCGUAAAAAUAUAAGAUUAUCAACAGAUUCAGAAAGAAAAAGGAUUGCAUCAAAUAUCUCAAUAAAAUCAAUAAAUUCUACUACAAUUAAUACAAUAAAUACAACAACUGAUGGUACUCUUCCUCGUUUAGAAUCUAAUUACUUCAUAAAAAGUAGAAUUAAAAGAAGUACUCAUUAAAUUCGAUUUAAACGAUCUCCUAUGAAAAUGUCAUAACCUAAUAAUAUGCUUGAAAGUCAAUCCAUUAAAUAAUCUACUAAAAUAUUACUUAACUCUGUUGUCUUUGAACUUGAUAAAUUGGCUAUAGCAGCUAAACAUAAUUCAACAAAAGCUCAAGAUAUACUUAAUCUUUCAAUAGAUUUAAUGAAUAUGUUAGGAUCUGAUUAUGAUCGACUUGAAAUAUAUCUAAUAGUUCUCUAAAAUAAAUGUAAAUCACAGUGUGUUUCUUUAGGAUUAAUGUUUACUUUUCUUAUAGCAAUAAUUCAAGAAACUUAUGGACACAAUAGAGGUUCUUUACAAUAAUAUAAAUAUAUGAAUGAUAUAGCAAAUAAACAUUAAUUAUUUUAAUGUAAAAUGAUGGUGUAUUAUAGAAUUGGAUUACUUUUAAAUAGAUUGAAAUAAUUUGAAAAAUUAUUAGUAAUAGGUAAGAAAUUAUUAAAGCUAAGUUGGUAUUAUUCAGAAGAAGAAUAUGAAUCGAAAGCAUAUUAUUUAAUUUCAAAAGGAUAUAAUGGAAUUUAAGAUAUGGAAAUGUCUGUAAUAUUUAUGAAUAGAUAUCUUGAUGGAAUUUUGUAAUAGAAUGAUCAUAUAAAAAAUAUAGGAAUAUAAUAAAUUGCAUUGUAUCAUAGAAGAACUUAGGAAUCUAGACAUAAAAGUCCUUCAUCAGAUGAUUUUAAUUUAGAAAUGUUUAGGUAAAAGAUUGAAAGGAAUUAUAUCAAAAUGAAAAUGAUAGGUGGAAAAUUAGCAUUUAAAUUGUAAUCAUCUGAAUGUGAUAUUUGUGCUUAAUAUGGUAAGAAUUGUGAAAGAAUCUAAACUGAAGAUGAACAUCCAUACAAAAAGAAUAUGAUUUUACAUACUGAUAGUAGAAAUAGAGAUUUAAUUGGGUAUUUUGAUUCAGAAUAAAUCUAAUAGAUGUAUAUUCCAUCAAAAACACUGCCAAUUCUAAAAUAAUUAAUAUUAAAAUUCAUUUCAUAUAUAUGA